AUGAACGCGUGGAGUGUUUCGUUCUCCCGCACGGGUCUGUUUAGAGUCGAAGGUCGGCAUUUUCUUACGAUAUUCCAAGUGCGAGAGGUGAUCGAGCUGUCGACUCAAACAUACCAAGCGCACCAAUCGAGUAAAUUACUACCGCGUGAGUGGAUGAACGACAUUUUAGUGGCAAUUCUCAUCACGAACUGUUGA